GUUGCAUUUCAAGUUUGCAAACCUAUCUACGGACGAUUAUCAGCUGUCGUAAUACUUAUAGUCACAAAACUCUGUGAUUACCAGCUGUCGAUAUGAAUGGAAGAUGUUUACUUAAUCAUUAUAAGACGUUUCAAAAAAAAAUUUCGCAAUUCAACCAAAUACGUUUCAACGCAGUCUCCUGUCAAUCACCAAAAGUGUUAUUUUUCGGAACCGACAAUUUUUCAUUGCCCAGUUUGCAGAAACUGCAUCAAAACAAUGUCGACAUUGGUGUUGUCACUUCCUUCAAAAAUCCUGCGAACUGCGUGCGUAAAUAUUGUGAGCAUGAAAAUUUAGCAUUAUACCAAUGGCCGAUUACUCCGAAACUUUGUGCCUCCUACGAACUUGGCGUUGUUGUUUCCUUUGGCCAUUUGAUACCAGUGCAUAUCAUAAAUGCUUUCGCCUGCGGGAUCAUAAAUGUCCAUGCCAGCUUACUUCCUCGUUGGCGAGGUGCAGCUCCAAUAAUCUACGCCAUUAUGAAUGGUGACAGGAAAACGGGAGUGUCCAUUAUGAACAUACAACCACAUCACUUCGACAUUGGCGACAUUUUGGCGCAGCGUGAAAUGGCCAUUGGGUCUGACAUUCAUAUGCCAGAGCUUCAUUCGUCCUUGGCGCAGUUGGGAGCCGAACUGCUUCUGGAUACAGUUAAUAAUGUGAGGGAACGAAUAGCCAAAGCAACACCGCAGGACGGAGCGCUUGCAACUUAUGCUCCAAAGAUAACAUCGCGCAUUACAGAGAUCGAGUGGGCAGAACAAAAUUCAAUGGAGAUAUACGCUAGGUAUCGAGCUCUUUAUGGAUUUAAGUGCUUAACGACAAGUUUCCUGGAUAAGCAAGUACAACUGCUUACUGUAAGAAAACCUAAGUCUCAAGCACAGCUAAAUUUACCAAGGUUUUUGCUUCCAAGUCAUUUCGUUUUCCACCGUGGACUGAAGUCUUUAAUCAUUGGCUGUGCUCAAGGCACUGCGAUUGAAGUAACUCAGAUGCGUAUAGAAGGUAAAAAACCAAUGAGUGCAUUGGAUUUCAACAACGGGUUCUUGAAGCAAGCAGUUUCACGGCAAUUCAAACAAAAUACAAAUGCCGCCUAUUGCUAACCAAA